AUGUCGGAUCAGCUGCCAAAUCGAUGGCUUAAAUGUCCACGUUUAAGUAACAAACCAAUUUCAGAUAAAUUUGUUGCUUUUAAAACACCCCUGGACUCAAAAUUUAAUCACAAUGUACCUGAAAUGUAUCGAUUUACACCAUCAAUGGUUUUUGACUACGUUAAAAAGUAUAAAAGAAGAUUAGGUUUAUGGAUAGAUUUAACAAAUACAUCUAGAUUUUACGACAGAGCAGAAGUUGAGCAGAGAGGGUGUAUAUAUAAGAAAUUAUCAUGUCGCGGUCAUGGGGAAACACCUUCAGUUCAACAAACCAAACAGUUCAUAAAUGUUGUGAGUGAUUUUAUUGAACAAAAUCCAAAUGAUUUAAUCGGAGUCCAUUGUACUCAUGGAUUUAACAGAACUGGUUUUCUUCUCUGCGCCUAUAUGAUAAUGCAGGAAGAUUGUGGUGUAGAUUUUGCCAUCCUUUAUUUCGCUCGUGAGAGACCGCCCGGUAUUUACAAGCAAGAUUAUAUUGAUGAACUAAUAAAAAGAUUUGAUAAUGAUUUUUCAAUGGAGGCUCCCAUGAAACCUGAUUGGUGUGAUGAAGAACAAAUUGAUUAUGAUGAUGAUGACAGAGAGGGCUCUAGUCACUCACAGAGUAAUUCUUCAAAAAGGAGAUACAUGAUGCUUAUUGAAGACGAAGACGCAGUUUACAUGAUAGAUAGAGACAAUUGUAUAUUUCAAGUGGAGAAUUUAAAAUUUCCUCAUAACGCAAAACCGAGACAUCUAAGGAACACUUUACUAGAUGGAGAAAUGGUUAUAGACAAAGUUGAUGGUAGAGAAAAACCGAGAUAUUUAGUUUAUGAUAUAAUAAGGUUUGAAGAUAUAAAUGUAGGCAAAGACCACUUUUAUCCAGUGAGACUUCUUUGUAUAGAAAAGGAAAUUGUUAAUCCUAGAAAUCGAGCUAUAGUGAGUGGUCAUAUAAGAAAAGAAUUGGAACCAUUCAGUGUUAUCAUAAAACGUUUCUGGGAUGUAAGGAUGGCUCACAGCUUGUUGGAGGAAAAGUUUAUAAGGACACUGCAUCAUGAACCCGAUGGACUCAUUUUUCAACCAUCGGAACUGCCCUACACAGGCGGUCCCUGCGAACACAUAUUAAAGUGGAAACCGAGUGAACUAAACAGCAUUGACUUUAAACUUGUUAUAGAAAAAGAAAGCGGAGAAGGAAUUGUUACUAAAACGCAAGGCAACUUAUAUGUCGGCGGAUCGAAUAUUCGUUUUGGAUGCCUACCAUAUAAUAAGACUAUCAAGGAUUUAAACAACAAGAUAAUUGAAUGCAAGCUGUACAAUGGCCAAUGGGUCUUCAUGAGGGAACGAACGGAUAAGUCAUUUCCUAACUCCUACACAACAGCUAUGGCUGUAAAGGAGAGCAUCCUUAAUCCGGUUACAAAGGAAUAUCUGUUGGACUACAUUAAAUAUAAAUCUUACGGUCAAUCAGACAGACAUCAAUCAAAACGACCGCGCCUCGAAUAA